AAAUACAGACACAAGCUAAAUUCCUCCCCCACUAAAGGAAGAAAUUUAAACCUCCCUACUUGAAAUAUAUCUGGUCCAUGGAGGAGGGGGGAAAAAACAUGCAGGAAUUAGAUGUAGCAGACUCUACUUGCUGGUUUACUUACUUUUACAACCCACAGAAGCUCUUUCUGCUCUGAAGUCCAUACAGAUGCCACUGACUGGAACGUGGCUCACAGGAGUUCCCCAAGUAACCUGCCCUCUGUAUUGUUUUCCUCAUUCUGCAGAGCAUGAAGGCCUCAUGCUCCAGCUUGGCUGUCCCAUUUCCUUGAGUAGGGCUUGGCUGGGUGGAGGAACUUGCCAUAUUUGCUUUUUCACUUUGGUUUGAACAGUUUUCCUUCGCACUGGCCCAUCAUGGCCCCUGUCCAAACUGCAGCGUAAUGGCAGAUGUUGGCUUGUGGUUGAGAUAAAGUCCUGCUUGUCACUUGGAAGGCUGCCCUCGCUUUACAGAAACACCUUUUCCCCCGGCACCCUGUGUAGCGGUUGGCUGAGCAUACAUGCUGAGGUGGCCUUUGGACCGUGGCCAGUACAAAUGGCUGCCUUUUUGCAUUGCUUUUCCCUUUGUCCCAAUGACAUCCGACAAAUCUUUCUAGGGGUGUUUGUCGAUAACCAUUUUUAGUCUUUACUGGUGGUUUGUGUGGGGAAGACAGUAUCAUCCCACAGGUGACUAGCUAGGAGUACUUAAACACAAGCUGAGCAGUGACCGUUUCACUUCCCUGGCCGUCCAAAGGGCUGUUUAUGCAAACUGCCACAAACCAUCUGUUGUGACGACGCUGUUUGGGGGAGGGAUGGGAGGUAGAGGUAUGUGACCGAGCUGGCGCAAAGCAGCCAGAGCAAACAAAGCAUGAAGCUGGGUGAUCUGAAGGAUAAGCCAGCACUGUCUCUGCAUCCAUGUGAGAGGAGCUGUGGACCAGGCCCUGUUCUAGUUAAAUUUCUUUGUUCCCAGGGACAAAUCCAGAAGACAAGGUGAAGCUUUCGGAAGCUCCCCAGCCGCAGCACACUACCCACCCCCUCCCAGCCAUUCAAAGGGGAGCAAAACAACCAGGAGUGCCAUUUUGGGGCUGAGGGGCAAUGGUGCACCUGGGCAGCCUCCCUCUUGCUGUCUGUACUUCCAGCAACUUGCGCCUCGUGGCCCCCGGCCACGGGUCCCCCCUGGCCUGGCUGAACCGGGGACCUGAGUGCCCACAGGAGCCAGGGGGUGGUGGGGGCCGGACACCCAGUGCCGUGGAGCGGCUGGAGGCCGACAAGGCCAAAUACGUCAAAUCCCAGCAGGUCAUCAACAGACGGCAGGAGCCGGCACUGCAGGGCUGCUCGCCCUGGCUCUCCCCCCGCAGCCGGUGCCUCCAUGGCCGCCAGCAGUGUAGUGAGUUGUGUCAGGGCUCGGAACUGAGCCGGGAGGGCCCCGGGAAGCUGUCAUGCCCUCAGUCCCCUGUGUUGCACCGGGCCGGUGGCAGACGCCUGCUGAGACCUGACUCGCUCAUCAUCUAUCGGCAGAAACGGGACUGCCUGGCUGGGGGCAAGGAGAACACCAAGGGCUCUGGGCUGGUGCGACGCCUCUUCCAGGGACCUCUCAGAGACAAGCCCCUUAGCUCUCCCCCAGCCAGGAGGCUGGGUGAGGGACCGCCGGCCCCAAAGAGUCCCAAGACCCCCGUGCCGUGGGUUCCUGUGGAGAAGGAGGAGGUGAAGACAUCAGGUGUCAGCUGUGGCGGUGACAGCGGUCGCCUCUUCCCUCUGCCUGGCAGCCCCAUGGCACAGCUCCCCCAGCCCCCUAGGAAGCACGCGCUGACUUUGCGCAUCUCCCUGCCACUCUCGGAGCAGGAGCGGUUCUUCAACUACUGUGGGCUGGACCGGGCGCUGGUGGAGCUGCUGGGGCAGGAGCGGUUCGGGCCAUCAGGCUGGGACACCGCCUCGGCACGGCUCCCUGGCUCCUGUGAGUCGGAGUCCAUGCAGGCCUCGGAGGGCAGCGAUGGGAACGCAGGGCCAGGUGAGGAGGAGCCGGAUGACCGUCUGGGCUCCGCCAUCUCGGUGGUGGAGCGCAAUGCCCGCGUCAUCAAGUGGCUCUAUGGUUGCCAGCGAGCCUGGGCGGCUGCCAAGGAAUCUACUGUCUGAUGAGAGGGAGCCUGGCUGGGGAUGGGGAUGCCUGUGUAGCCCAUGUGGGCUGGAUGUGCCCCCUCACCCAGCUGGCACGUGGCUGAUAGGAUGGUGGCAUCCACGGUCCUGGUGCUGUGGGGUUGCUGGCGUCUGAGAGAGCCACGAGCUCUACUCUGGCUGGGUCCAAGGUUGAGUAGGGGAAAAGGCAGGUCAGGAAAGUGCUCUGCUGGGGAUCCCUCUUUUGGCCCAAUUGCAACCCAUCUUGACUAUCCUUCCGGUCUCCAAGGCCAGAGGGCUAUGAUGGGUCUGCAGCCCCCAGAAGCCCCUCCACAUACUGCUCUGGGUAGGGCCUAAGUCCAUCUGUCAUCAGCAGUGUCCACCUCACAGCCCCAGAAAAGAGGCCACUGGGGCCAGGGCAGUGCUCAAUAAACCUGGUUUGUUUGGUUUUUUUUUUUCCCUAA